UCAAGCUACUUCCGGUACGACACCGUGCGCUUUAUGUCGUGAGUGUGUAGAUCAAGAUCUACAUCUUCAGUGUACAGAAUGUCCAGGUUACCAGCUGUUGUGAUUGACAAUGGCACAGGGUAUACUAAAAUGGGCUAUGCAGGGAACACAGAACCUCAGUUCAUUAUUCCCUCUGCUAUUGCCAUCAAGGAGGCUGCCAGUGUUGGGGACCAGGCCAUUCGACGACUGGGCAAGGGAGUGGAAGACUUAGACUUCUACAUUGGAGAUGAAGCUCUUGGUGCUACAGCAUAUUCAGUCAAGUGGCCCAUACGACACGGCAUUGUUGAGGACUGGGAUUUGAUGGAACGCUUUAUGGAACAAGCUAUUUUCAAGUACCUUCGAUCGGAGCCAGAAGAUCAUUAUUUUCUCUUGACUGAGCCACCACUUAAUACUCCAGAGAACAGAGAAUAUACAGCGGAAAUCAUGUUUGAAUCCUUCAAUGUUCCAGGGCUCUAUAUUGCAGUUCAGGCAGUAUUAGCCUUGGCUGCAUCAUGGACGUCAAGACAAGUUGGUGACCGGACAUUGACAGGAACAGUCAUAGAUUCUGGGGAUGGUGUUACCCACGUAAUACCAGUUGCAGAAGGCUAUGUGAUAGGCAGCUGCAUCAAGCACAUUCCUAUUGCUGGGCGAGACAUCACCUACUUUAUUCAGCAGUUGCUUCGAGAACGGGAGGUUGGAAUCCCACCAGAGCAGUCUCUGGAAACAGCUAAAGCCAUCAAGGAGAAGUACAGCUAUGUAUGCCCUGACAUUGCCAAGGAGUUUGCCAAGUAUGACCAGGACCCCAGCAAGUGGUUGAAGAAGCAUGAGAGCACUAACGCUGUCACCAAGCAGUCGUUUGCAGUAGAUGUUGGAUAUGAAAGAUUUCUAGGGCCAGAGAUAUUUUUCCACCCAGAGUUUUCAAAUCCUGAUUUUACAACACCAAUAUCUGAAGUGGUGGAUGAUGUUAUACAGAACUGCCCAAUUGAUGUGCGCCGUGGCCUGUAUAAGAAUAUUGUACUCUCAGGUGGUUCAACAAUGUUCAGAGAUUUUGGAAGGAAGUUGCAGCGAGAUAUCAAGCGAUUAGUUGAUGCUCGUUUGAGAGUCAGUGAGGAACUGAGUGCAGGAAGAAUAAAGCCUAAACCAAUUGACUGCUCUGUCAUUACACACCACAUGCAGAGAUAUGCUGUCUGGUUUGGAGGCAGUAUGCUGGCUUCUACACCUGAAUUCUACCAAGUGUGUCACACCAAGGCUGAUUAUGAUGAACAUGGACCAAGCAUCUGUCGCCACAACCCUGUGUUCGGAACAAUGACAUAGACAACACACAGCUUCAGAUGCCACAAUGUUAACACAAUGGAUCCUUUGUGAGCGACACCUCACUAUUAUUCUGUAGUUAAAUAUUUUCUGUCCUUUUAGUUUGCUGAAAGUAUCAACCUGAUAAGUAUGUAACAGAUACUAAUAGGCCAUGAAGCAGGCCCCAGCUUAUAAACUUUCCAGCUCAGUAUGGUCUUUCUUUCUGCUGAUAGAGAGAACAAAGUACAUUUCUUUGUCACAUGUCUUGAUUAACAGCUUUAUCAAUUGCUUACCGUUAUAUUAGGGACACAUAUUCAUUUGGUAUGAGGAAUAGUUUGGGCACCUGCAUGACAUUUGUCUAUUUUCAACAUCCACUGUUAUCAGUUAUGCUGCAUGAUGUCGGUUCAUACCACACUAAAAACAUGUAGAACAUUGAAAAUGUGGAAGGGAAAAUUGCAGUUACAAUCCUCUUGUUUGGCAAACACAUAUUUUCUAUAUCUGACCUGUAAGCUGAACACAUAUUUUCUAUAUCUGACCUGUAAGCUGAACACAUAUUUUCUAUAUCUGACCUGUAAGCUGAUCUGUAGGUAUGGUUAAGUCAUGACAGGUCAUAGAAAAUCUUCAUGUGACCACAAGGAGCCGAUAUUCAGAUGGGUGACGUUUUAUGGGUGUAAAUAUUAAUAAAUCUGUGUAGGUAGGAAGUAUUUUUAACAAAUUAUCCAAAACCAGAAUGUUUGUGGUCGUCAUUCCAGGCUGUACAAAUGCUGGCACCACUGUUAUGUCAGUUGCUAUAGCGCCAAUACAUCCUGAAAUGAGUACAUUGCUAAUAUCUUGUGCAUCACUGUAUAAUGUCUACAUGUUCUUCCACUCCUUUAUGAUAUAUUGAUCACUGAGAAAUUCAAAUUAGUAAUGUGUGAAAUCAACCAUUUAUUAUGAUUUGUAUUGACUUACUUGUGAAAACUUCAGAAAUGGAAGUAACUGAAACAUGUAUACAUAAUGAAUGAUGAUAGCAGUCUACAACUUGAUAUCUCUUAUAAAUAAAUAUGGGUACAUGUAUCCUGAACUAUA